CUCACAUGCAGCCUCAGCUGUAUCAAUGAAAAGGAAAGUGAUGUGGAAAACUUUAUGAUGCGGUUUAACCACGUGUUUGCCUGCUGGAAGAUCUGAAUUGAAAUUGGAUUGUUUUCCUCCUUCAAACAUUGGCUACCUUUUACUUGAUCGGCGUUCAUCUUGGAUUCAGUACAUCUCAUACAUCAUUUACUGGCAGGAUCUGAGUGACCUAAAGACAAACACACUCCAGGUUCCAGGAGCACCUCCCUCCUGAAAGAUCCAUGUCUAGGACCAACACAGCACAGGCAGCUUGUUCGUACCUUGAAGCAAUGAGACAAAUGCAAACAGUCAGUGCUAUGGUUCUUCUCGCCACUUUAUUCCUGAUCUUUUUCUACUCGACCCUACAUCUUGAGUCGACCUACAGUCACAGAGCUGCAAAAGAAAAUCCCCAAUCACAUCUCAGUGCCCAGAUCCAGUCCAAAGACAGCGAUGAAGCUGCACAAUCGUCUGAGAAGAAGAGUGUCACUUUGCCUCACGUUGAUGUUCUAAAUGUAACUAUAUCCCGUGACUUCAAAAAGACCAUCCCUCAAAACAAAGCAUACUGGAACCGUCUGCUGUAUUCCACCCUUGUGAAGCUGGACAAGGGAGAUAAUCCAGCCAGACGCGGCUCUGAUUGGUUUCGCUGCAAGGAGACAAAUCAAGAGCUCCUGCAAACCAACGUGCACAAUUUCAACUCAUACUCUGUCCUCUUCCAGAACUUUGUGCAGGAUAUGAGUUGCAGGACUCCUCCAAUCCUGAUCAAUCAACCCAAAAAGUGCAGAUCUGGUAGCAGGGAGGAAGAAAAUCAGAAGUCCCUACUCUUUGCUAUCAAGUCAACUCCUGGAAACUUUGAGCAGAGGCAGGCUGUGCGAGAGACAUGGGGGCGGGAGGCGAUGAAUAAGAGCGGGCUGAGAGUGCGCACAGUGUUUCUCAUGGGUGGCCCCCAAAUGGAUGACCCUGAUCUUAGCCAACUGCUGUCAUUUGAAGCCCAGCACUUUGGGGACAUCAUUCAGUGGGACUUCAAUGAAUCUUUCUUAAACCUGACGCUCAAAAUGUAUGCCUUCCUUCAGUGGGUGCUGACAUAUUGCAGUCAUGUUACCUUUGUUUUCAGUGGUGAUGAUGACGUUUUUGUCAACACACCGCUAUUACUCAGGUACCUGCAGUCUCUGGAUUCAGCUAAAGCCUCUAAGAUUUACAGCGGAGAUGUUAUAAAGACAGCAAAUCCAAUCAGGGACCCUAAAAGCAAAUACUUCAUCCCUUUGAGCUUCUAUGAUGGCCCUUACCCUUCAUAUGUUGCUGGAGGUGGAUUUCUCAUCUCUGGAGCAUUGCUGAGACCCCUUUUUUCAGUCUCACACUUCAUUCCUUUCUUCCCCAUUGAUGAUGUGUACAUGGGGAUGUGCUUUAAGGCUAUAGGAGUUUCUCCAGAAGCACACACAGGCUUUCACACCUUUGACAUCAAGGAGGAGAAUCGGGAGAAUCUAUGUGCGCAUAAGGAUAUUAUUCUGACUCAUAAACGCUCCCCGCAGCAGAUAACAAAGCUAUGGAGGGGAAUUCACAGCCCCUUGUUGACUUGUUGAACAAGACAAGUGAGAAAAGAAAGACAACGACUGAAACCACAAAUACAGUUCCUAUAAAAACUAUUCACGCAUUUGGAUGUUUUACCAUUUUAUUGAUUUUAUAAAUCAAUCAUGAUCAGUAUUAUAUGGCCUGUUCGACCAAAAAAGGCCCCAAAACUCCACAAAGUACUUCUACAAAGUAAUGUCAAUUGAAUCACAGCUGAGUCUGUGUGGAUAGGUUUCAGUCAGGCUUGCACAUCUGGACACUGUAAUUUCACUUCAGUCUUCUUUGUAAAAGGGCUCAAGCUCUGUCAGGUUGCACAGGGAUCAGGCGUCAGGUCUUUUCAUGUCCAGCCACAAAUUCUCUAUUGGAUUGAGGUCUGGGCUUUGACUCAGACACUCCAGAACAUUCACCUUACUUUCUUUAAAACAUUGCUGUGCAGCUUUCGCUGUAUGCUUCGGGUCAUUGUCUCACUGGAAAAUAAAGCCUCUCCCAAGCUGUUGUUCUCUUGCAGACUGAGUAAGAUUUUCCUCAUGGAUUUUGCCACAUUCAUUUUACCCUCUACCUUUACAAGCCUUCCAGGGCCGGAUUCUUAGAAGCACCCCACACCAUGAUGCUGCCACUGCUUCACAGUGGGGAUGGUCUUGGCUGUCAUAACGUCUUGUCUGAUGGCCCAAAAGCACCAUUUUAGCUCAUCAGACCAUAGAACAUUUCCACUUGACCAUAGGGUCUCCCACAUGCCUUUUGGUGAACUCCAGUCUAGAUUUAACACAAGUUUUCUUCAACGGCAACUGUCUCUUUGCCACUCUCCCUUAAAGCUUUGACUGGACAACAGUUGUUAUUUGCAGUCUCUCUCAUCUCAGCAUCUGAAGCUUGUAACUCCUUCAGAGUAGUCUUGGGUGUCAUAGGUGGCCUCUCUCACUAGUCCCCUUCUUGCACAGUGACUAGGUCUGUGAGAAUGGCCUGAUCUAGGCAGAUUUACAUAUGUGCCAUAUUCCUUCCAUUUUUUGAUGAUGGAUUUAUCUGAACUCUGGGAGAUGUUCAGACCCUUGGGAUUUCUUUUGUAACCAUCCCCUGACUUAUUUUUUUCAAUAAUCUUUUCUCUGUUGCUUGGGGUGUUCUUUUGUCUUUAUGGUGUAAUGGUAGCCAGGAAUACACAUCCACUUUACUCUGGUUAUCCUUAUUUCCCUACUUGUGAGACUUCCACCACCAAUUAGCUGGACCUCUGUCCUCACCACCUUUUGAAAGGGGUGAAUAUUUAUGUAGUCACAAUUGACAAUUCUUGUUUUGUUU